AUGGAUAGCAAUUUAAGGACAUUAUAUAUUAAAAACCUUCCUUCAAGACCUAAAAAUAUCUCUCAUUUAAAACAAUUAUUACUAAAUGCCAUAUCACCAAAUGACCCAUCUAAUAUAAACCAGGUUACUCAACCAAUAGAUAAACCAUCAAACAUCAAACCAAUAGAAUCCACUUAUAACAUAAUAUCUAUAUCCAUUUACAGAACUAAAAAAUUAAGAAAUCAAGCAUUUAUAUCAUUUUUUGAUCAUCUAUCAGCAAUAAAUUUUAUUAAUCAUUUUGAUGACAAUAACGGAAAUGGUUUAAAACUAAAUGGUCAUAAACUAUUGAUUGAAUUUUCUAAAAAAGAUUCAUUACUGGCUUUGGCAUUAAGAAAGACUGUUAAUGAAUCUAAUGAUGAUAACUUGAAAGUUAAUGUACAAUGUCCAUUAAAUAAAGCUUUGUUGACUAGACGAAAUAACAAAAACCAAGAAUACAUCGAUAAGAAACAGUUAAAUAGAAAAUGUAGAAGAUUAAGACAAAGAUUAAGAUCCAAAAACGAGCAAAUAUCUGAAUCCAGUCUGCUUGCAGCAACUGCUAGCUUCAAAAAGAAAUUAUUGCUGAAAAAGAAAAUACCGACAACUACAGUCAAUAAUAAGGCUGACAAUAAAUCUGUAAUCGAUAAAAAGAAACAAAAACCUUUAAAGAGAAAAGGAGAGCUUGAAAUUCCACCUAAUAAAAUGUUAUUGGUCCAAAAUUUACCAACAAAUGUAACAAUUGCACAUUUAGAAAAUAUAUUUAAAAUUGAUGGCUUUAAAAAUAUUAAAUAUUUGGCUAUUAGAAAUUUAGCAUUUAUUGAAUAUGAGGACAUUGAAUCGGCUACCAAGAUAUUAGACGAUUAUAGCAACCUAUAUAAUUGGAAUGGAAACUUAAUUAAUAUCAAUUAUGCAAGAUAA